AUGGAUACGACACACCCCACCGCAGGCUGGGAGCAGGUCGGCGAUAGCUUCUAUCGAAAAGUGCAGCUCUACACCGCCGUCUUCGACCGCGAUCGGGACCUCGACAACUAUGUAGUAUCCGGCGCACCGUAUUCCGGAGCCAUCGCACUCUGCCGUGACGAUAGCAAGGUUGUAGUCUACAGGGGUGGCCAGUCCGCUAAACCGACGAUCGACAUCUACAGUUCGGCCGGCAAGCCCAUCAGGAGCAUCAGCUGGGAUAAGGUGUCCGAGAUCCGGGGUCUAGGCUGGUCCGAAGACGAGAAGCUCCUUAUCGUCACGAAAGACGGAACAGUUCGGUGUUAUGUCGACCUACAAGGAGAGUUCUCGCAGUUCUCAUUGGGAAAUGGCGCCGAGGAAUUCGGUGUAGAAUCGUGCCGCUUCUACGACUCGGGCCUGGUUGCCUUACUUUCAAACAACACCCUCAUCACCGUGGGCUCAUACGACGAGCCUAGGCCAAAAGUCCUUGCUUCGUGCCCCGAGGGCAGGGUGCAUUCAUGGGCCUUGAUCCCUCCGAACCACACGCUCUCCCGGUCCGUCGAAGCACUGCUCAGCAUCGACCAGACGAUAUACGUGGUAGAUCCCAUCGAAUGUGAAGACCGCUUUCUCGAUGUCGGUCCAUUUGCACACGUCAGCGUCUCGCCAAACGGCAAGUUUGUCGGGCUCUACACGGAGACGGGUGCCUUGCACGUCGUCACAAGCGAUUUCCAGACGCGGCUAAGCGAGCACCGUUCAAAGUCCAAGAUCCCUCCUAAGUAUCUGCAGUGGUGUGGCAAUGAUGCCGUCGUCAUCGCAUGGGAGGACGAGGUGCACAUUAUCGGGCCAGGUGGCUCGAUCGCUAAGUUCUACUACGAUUCUAGAAUCCACGUCAUCCAGGACAUUGAUGGCGUACGGGUGGUCACAAAUACUGUCUGUGAAUUUCUACAAAAGGUUCCGGACGUCACAGAGGAGGUCUUCCGCUUUGGCGCGGAGUCACCGGCGUCCAUCCUCCUUGACGCUGUUCAGCAGCUUGAGAUGCAAUCACCCAAGGCAGAUGACAACAUCCAGCUCAUCCGCCCAAAUCUCACAGAGGCUGUGGACAACUGUGUCAAUGCCUCGGGACAAGAAUACAACGUGUACUGGCAGAAGCAGCUGCUGAAAGCUGCUUCUUUUGGCAAGUCUGUCCUUGACAUUUACAACAGUGAUGACUUUGUUGACAUGUGCGACACGCUGCGCGUUCUCAAUGCCGUGCGGUUUUACGAGAUCGGCCUUCCGCUUUCCUACGAUCAGUACCAGCGCCUCGGCCCAGACAGCCUAAUUGCGCGCCUCCUGAGUCGCCAUGAGUAUCUAUUAGCAUUGCGCAUUGCGGGCUACCUUCACCUGCCCACCGACAAAAUCUACGUCCACUGGGCUUGCGCCAAGGUCCGCACCGGGUCAGAACCUGACGAGGCUCUUUGCCAAAUUAUAGUCGAUCGUCUUGCUGGAAAACCCGGCAUUUCAUUCGAAGAAAUUGCGCGAGCGGCCUACGAUGAAGGUCGGGGCCACCUGGCAACAAAGUUGCUUAACCACGAACCUCGUGCCGGCCGGCAAGUUCCGCUGCUGUUGAGCAUGGAAGAAGAUGAGCUGGCACUGGACAAGGCUAUUGAAUCCGGCGAUACAGACUUGACGUACUUUGUCAUUGAUCAGAUGCGGCGCAAGCUGCCGCUCGCCGCUUUCUUCCAUUCUAUCAAUAGCCGGCCGGUUGCAACGGCCUUGGUCGAGUCGGCAGCGACCCGCGAUGGCGACAAUACGCUCCUGAAGGAUAUGUACUACCAGGACGACAGGAGACUAAGCGGCGCGUCCGUUUUCAUUCGAGAGGCUCUUCGGCAGCCAGAUAGCCGAACUGCGUCCGACAAGCUCGUGCUCGCGGCGAAGUUACUGGCCGACAACCAAAGGGAGAGCGCAUUCGAGCUAGGCGCACUCAAGGAAGCGACAACGCUGCUCAGGAUGCAAGAGGCCUUUGACCGCGAUCUCACAGAUUCCUUCACAGGCUUGAGUGUGAACGAGACAAUGUUCAAGCUGAUUCGGCUGGGUUAUCACGGCCGAGCCAAGAAGCUGCAGAGCGAGUUUCACGUCCCCGAGCGUGUGGCCUGGUGGAUCCGACUUCGUGCCCUUGUGGCGAAACGUGACUGGAACGAGAUCGAAGACAUAGCCAAGGCCAAGAAAAGCCCCAUUGGUUGGGAGGCAGGCAACGCUCGUGUAGCAGCCAUCUUUGUGCCCAAAUGCGCUGGCCUGGAGCCUGGCGCCGCCAUUUCCAUGUACGAGAAGUGCGGUAUGAAGGUCAAGGCUGCCCAAGAGGCCGUCAAGGCCAAGGAUGCCGAAGCAUGGAAACGGCUUCUAGAAUCAGCCGGCCGGGGAACAGCGGAAGGACAAGAGAUCGAGCAAUUGGGCCAUGGGCGUUUCUAA